UAUUCGACACAGCUCAGCAGCAACAGCAGCAGCUUACACAUUUGAUGGUAAACUGCAAACGCGAUGUUGCGCGCAAGCGAUAAGGUCUAGAAUAGGCCACUGCUUAGUUUGCAGCGCGUCAUCGGUGCAAGAGAUUCGCAAAAUAUCUGUGCAUAGUGCGCGGCGCGCCUCGUCGUCGACGAGCUACGUUUUAUUAACGUAGUGUAACCUUGAACCUGACUAUAUAUCUAUACACGGAGUACGAAUGCACGUCGCACGAAAGCGUAUAGCGCACAUAGUACAGGACUGCGUGAAGGAUAUCCCAGCGUAAGGUUUUUUGGGGAGUGUCAGUCAGUGCUUGGCGAUCGAGUGCAGCGCGCCACCCAGCUACGUAGGCUUCGUAUGUGCACACAGACACACACGUUUCGCGACCCGUGAACGACCUGCAUUGCUCAAACGCAGCGCUAAUAUAAUACCUGCUGGUCCAGGUAAACGGAGGAAUUUUUGGCAAAAGUGACGAGAAGACCGAGUAGUGUUUAUUUAUAAUUCGCCCCUACUAUUACAAUUUAGAGUUUUGCUCUAUAUGUGCAUUUUGCAUAGAGAUCGUCGGAGUGGAAAGUUGCAGUUGCAGUUGCAGUUGCAGAGUGAGUUCGCGCGUGUGUGAGUGCUGGGUACAUACCCGUAUUUCGAUACACAAACGUCCAUCGACGAUUUGACAUUUAACAUGGAUCCUGCCAUAUUUCCUGAGGAAAUUUGGAUUAAGAUUUUGCUUGGGUGUGAUGUACCUGAUAUCAUUGCCUUCGGCAGUACCUGCAAAUACCUGCGUAAAACUUCGGACACGGAUUAUCUGUGGAAACUAAAAUGGCUACAGCUCACUUCAAAAGUAAAUUUUCAAUUUCCGGACGUCAAGUCUCUGCAAGUAAUCAACGUCAGUUUCAAAGCCAUGUGCUACAGGCUACAUAUGAUGAUGGCCCUCAACGAAAGUACAGAAAAUAUGUUUCCAAAAUGUUGUUACUGCAGUGGUUAUACAUGCCAAAAAUAUUGCACCGAAAGAUCUAGCACUAAAGUAGUCAUAGAAAUAGGCAAUAAGUACACAUGGGUUAUAACUCCAAAUUUUGGGUUGAGGAGACACUGCUCAAUGCUUGGCUUCCCGAAAUAUAACAAACAGAUGACUCAUGUGGAACAAGUACCUUCUCAACUCCCUCCACAGAGUGCACCUAGCAGUAGUUGCAGAAGAAAAUUGGAAGGAAAAUUCGUCAGUAAAAAGUCUCUGGUAAAAUUGUUGAAACUUUCUGAACCAGAGUCUACUAAACUUCCGCCUCGCAGUGGACCAUUCUGUGUAUUCUGCAAUUCAGUACAAUUGUAUAGAGAAAAAAGGAGGCUUGAAUUACAUCCUAAUGAUGCAUCUUGUUGUCCUCAUCUUAAUGCAAACCAUCAGAAAUUAAUUAAUGGUUAUUGCACAGAUACAAAAGAAAUUUUAGGCAUACCAAAUAUUGAUUUAUUGAAUCCAGCUCAAGCUUUGCUUAUGGAUGGAUCAUUUUCAGUUUUAAAGGAUUUUGUUGAUCAUUUAUUUAGACAAAUGGGUCUUACUGAAACCCUAAGAAAACCUAAUACAGUUCUUAUGCUGUGUGAACCAUUAGGAAUGAGCAUAUCAAUUAGGAAACAACUUUUACAUUAUUUAUUCCAAGAAGUCAAAAUUGCUAAAGUAUGUUUAGUACCUAAACCACUAUCUGCAUGUGCUAUGAUUGGAAUAGACACUUGCAUUGUUAUAGAUAGUGGCGCUUUAAGUACAAGUGUAGCUGUUAUAAUUAAUAAUAGAGUUGUACCUUCUUGUUGGAAAAUAAUACCUGUUGGUGGAUGGCAUGUAGCUUAUUAUUUAAAACAAGCAAUGAAUUGGCAACCAAAGGAGUGUCAGGAAAUACCGAUUUCUUAUCUAGAUUCCCCUACUGUGAAAGAACGCUGUAGGCUCUUAUUGGAUAUGCAAGAUGGCGAAUUUCAUAAUAGAUAUGAUAAAUUCAGCAAAGGGGGACAAAGCAAACCUGAUAAAGUAGAUAUUGAUAUCAGAGUUGAUACUUAUGCUAACUGUAAAAGGGAUUGGAGAGUAACAUUAGGAUCAGAAUUAUACACAGCUCCAGAGCUCAUGUAUGUCAGCAUGAAUUUACCUGAAGCAGUCAAAGAAGUCACAAAAGGACUUCCUGAAAUCGUUAAAAAGGAAUGUUUGUCUCACAUUCUCUUGACUGGUGGAAAUACAGAUUUACCUGGAUUUGAAUUACGAUUGCGACAAGAUUUGAAAAAAGUCUUUCCAGAAUAUGCACCUCUUUUAGAAGUAAAAGGCUGUCUAGGCACCCACUGCUGGAACGUAGUAAUGGGAUCCUUGUAUGUGCCUUUAUCUUUGCAUCCAGAUAAAAUUGCACCAGAAUAUUCAGAGGGAUGCUCAUUUACAUUAUCAAGAGAAAAAUAUAUUCUUUUUGGUUGUGAAUCGUUAGAUGAAGAAAUUUAUGAUUAAAUAAUUGAGUCUUGAUUAAAAAGGUUGAUAAAGUUUCAUAUCGAGAUUUUAUAACAGCAAAAUUAUAGGAUAAAUUGAAAAAUAUUGAAUAUCCGUUCAGAGCACGAAAAAAAUAAAAAAUAUUAUAUUACGUAUCUAGGCCGUGAAAAAGAGAAAACUUCCAAGGUUCGUGUAAUUAGUGUCCGAGGCUGAUGAACACGUUUACUGGGUCUUUUUUAAGUCGCAGGCUAAGUGUAUAUACAAUAUUUCGUGAAGUCCCUGAGCAAAAUGUAACCAUUUCCCCUAGGCGUUAGGCUGAAAAAGAGUUGCUUUCGGAUGGAUUAUCGAAAAAAAUAUGUUACCAUCUUGCGAUAGAUUAUAUCCCAUGUUAUCAGUGAAAUUGUUGGGAAUUGUAAAAGUCAAAUGAUUAAAAAUUUCGACUAACAUCAAUCGGAUAUAUGUGUAUUAAAUUUUGCUUACAGAUCAUCUGAAAUAUCAAUCUGCUAAUAAUAACUGGUGUAACCAAACAUCUAAAGUCAUGAUCUACAUGAAAUUAAUAUUACAUACAAUUAUUGCGAUAAAAAAAUUCAUAGUCAUUACUUAUCACAUAAAUCAACAGUGGUAAAGCAUUUAAUUGAACAUUCCAAUUGAUAUAAAAUUCAAUAUUUUUAAUUUCGUUUGCUUUUUCACUGUUUGUUGAAUUCAGUUUGUUGAAUUUUCAUUUCAAAAAAGUUGAUUUAACUCUUCAAUCGAAACUCUUUCUCUCUAUCUC